GUAACUCUCGUUGCAAGUGCUUGAUUUCGGUGCUACGUCGAUGGAAGUGUUUUGUUUUUGGAUGUAAAUUAUGCAGUGUGACAUUAUGUGACGUUGUACACAAAGUCCCACAGUAAGGGAGAGAGAGAGAGAGAAAUGGGGUUUAACGUCCACUCGACACAAACUAGUCUGUAGGCCUAUAGCAUAAAAGACAAGAUGAGUGCCAAAAGUACAACUGCUAUAUUGUCAAAACUGAGAGCUUUAAUGAAGAAUACAAAGUAUGUUUGUGAACCCCUUCAGGCUUACAUUGUACCCACAGGAGAUGCGCACCAGAGUGAAUAUGUGGCUGACAGUGAUAAAAGAAGAGAUUAUAUAUCAGGUUUUACAGGCUCGGGUGGUACCGCGAUAGUAACCGAUUCUAAAGCUGCCUUGUGGACUGAUGGUAGAUAUUUCUUACAAGCAGAGAAGCAACUGGAUAGUAACUGGAUAUUAAUGAAACAUGGUUUACCAGAUACCCCAACACAAGCAGAAUGGCUGACAAAGAAUUUACCUGUAGGAGGACGUGUUGGUGUAGACCCUUUCAUGUUAUCUGUGGAAAAAUGGAAACCACUACAUAAAUCUCUGAAAGCUAAUGGCUGCAUUUUAGUACCUGUUGAUCAAAACUUAGUUGAUGUUAUUUGGAAUGAUCAACCUGAACCUCCAAACAAUCCUCUGAUUAUUUUGCCAGUUGAAUAUACAGGAUUAAGUUGGCAAGAAAAAGUGAAGAAAGUUCAAGACAAAUUACUAGAAAAGAACUGUUAUGCUUUUGUAUUAACAGCUUUAGAUGAAAUAGCAUGGUUGUUUAAUUUGAGAGGAUCUGAUAUCGUCUAUAAUCCUGUGUUUUUCUCUUAUACUGUAAUAACGAGAGAUAAAGUACAUAUAUUUAUUGAUGAUUCUAAGCUACAGAAUGGUGUCUCAGAGCACCUCAAGUUAAAUGAUAGCGCCCAAAAGAAUGGUACUUCAAUAGAAAAGCAUGACUAUAACACCAUUAAAGAUUUUCUUACAAAUUUACAGACUACUACUGACAAAAAGAUAUGGAUUAGUGAGAAAUCUAGUUUUGCCUUACACAGUACUAUACCAAAAGCAAAAAGAAAUCAUGAUCCGUCCCCAGUUGCCUUAUUUAAAGCAAUCAAAAAUGAAACUGAGAUAGAAGGUAUGAAGAAUGCUCAGAUAAAAGAUGCUGUGGCUUUAUGUGAAUUUUUCUGCUGGUUAGAAAAACAGGUACCAUCUGGUGAUGUUACAGAAAUAACAGCAGCCAAUAGACUAGAACAAUUUAGAAGGGAACAAGAUGAUUUUGUUAGUUUAAGCUUUGAUACUAUUUCUAGUUCUGGUGCAAAUGGUGCCAUUAUCCAUUACAAACCCACAGAAGAAAGUGAUAUAGUUAUUACAACAGAUCAGAUGUAUUUAUGUGAUUCUGGGGCUCAAUACAAAAAUGGUACUACAGAUACUACUAGAACAAUUCAUUUAGGUGUUCCUACAAAAUAUCAACAGGAGUGUUUCACCAGAGUCUUAAAAGGUCAUAUCAGUUUAGCCACAGCAGUUUUUCCUAAUGGAGUUAAAGGCCACAUGUUGGACACAUUAGCUAGAAGUUCUUUAUGGAAUGCUGGUUUAGAUUAUCUUCAUGGUACCGGUCAUGGUGUCGGACAUUUUCUCAAUGUUCAUGAAGGUCCCUGUGGUAUAUCACAUAUAGUUACAUUAACUGAUGUUGCAUUACAAGAAGGCAUGAUUCUAUCUGAUGAACCUGGUUUUUAUCAAGAUGGAGAAUUUGGAGUUAGGAUAGAAAGUUUGAUAUUGGUACAAAAAGCUGAUACCAAGUAUAAUUUUAGGAAGAAGGGUUUUUUGACAUUUGAGACAAUAACCCCAGUUCCUAUACAAACUAAGAUGAUAGAUCCGUCUUUGCUUACAGAACAAGAGAUCAACUGGCUUAAUGAUUUUCAUAGUUUUUGUCAACAAGUUGUUGGUGAUGAAAUGGAAAAACAAGGAAGAAAAGAGGUCAGAAAAUGGUUAAUUAAUGCAACCAAACCUAUAGGUUAAAAUGGUUACAAAAGUAUAUGUUUCUUACAUUGUAUAUUAAAUUCAUUCUGUAUCCUCAACACAGUAGUAGAAUUACUAGAAAUUACUCUCUUUCAUAUUCACAAGUUGAUCAGUACUCAUAAGGUAGGUGUGAUACUGAUAGCAAAUGGCGACACCCAUAAACCUCAAAAUUACAACAUUCAAUCCUUAUAUUUAUAUAGUAAAUGACAUGUCCUUAUAGAGAAUCUCCUACCAGUAUUUUUUGAUAUCAAAAACGACGAGUAGGAGAUUUUAUUUAUCACCCAAUCCCUUCUUACAUGCACAAAUAGAUAAAUAUAAUUCUUUGCUGUAGAUUUCACUUUUACUGAACAUUACGGCGUAGUGAUAAAUCAUUUUUUGACAGCAAUUCAACCAUUGCAAAGUCCUUUAUAUUGACCCAGUGUUUCCAUCAAGGUCAAUUGAAUAAAAAUAGUUCAUUUUAAAUAAAAAAAGUUACUUUUAACAAGAAAUGAACUGUUCUUUGAAAAUAAAAAAAAAGUAGUUCCUUUUCAACUGACCAAUCAAAUUAAUGUAGAUAUCUCCUAAGGAGAUAUCGCAGUAGAUUAUGAAAUAUAUCACACAAGCGAUAUCUACUGUAGAAUGUAUUAUUGGGUGAUAAGAAAUAUUAAACAUACAUUAUGCAAGAGCUAAAUCAGAUUAUUGCAAGUCUUUAUUUAGGCUUCAGAUGUCAUAGAAAUUAUAAAUUAGAUCUUUAUUUACACAACAAGCACAAAAUCAACUCUGUAGACCCACGAAUGGCUUGGAUUCGGCUUGGAUUUAAACAGGAUUAACCGUUACGUUGACGUCAUAUUCCCGGAAAUUUUAGAUCGAGGCUAAAUGAUAGAGUGUACGAAGCGAGGCCGCUGUUGAGCUAGGCCGCAUGUCAGUCAAUUUGAUUGAAAGAUCGAUAUAUACGGCCUUGAUAUUAUGUUUAGUUGUGGUUAAAAUGAGAGUUUGGAUAUCGGUAUUAUACGCUCUUUUGUCACUUGCGUUUACAGAAAAAUUAUGGAAAUUGAUAAACAUCGCUAACAUCACCCCAGUUGAAUUGUAGCCCCAUUGGAUCACUCAUUUCAUUGUUUGUCUGCUACGGGAGUUACGUAGGCCUACCAGUUACCGUACAACAAGAGUACACGCAGGCUAACAAGAAGUCGGCUAUAAUUAUGCCUCAUUGAUUUGGUCUAUUCCUUUCAAACUUUCGCUUCUUAUCUAUAUAUUAAAAGUCUUAUUUUUAAUUUGUAGUAAAAAUAAAUGUGCUAGCAGUACAACAGCCAUUGAAAACGUUACUUGAUAAUCGAGAUUAUGUAGGUGGUGUUAACGCCUGUCAAUCAAACGAACUGCCAUUCUCGGAGACGGUGAAGAGAGAGUUGACUCUUCUAGUCAAAAAUUACAAUGCUGAUAACUUUGUUCAGAAUAAAGUAAUUUGACUGAAAUUUUCAAUAUAUUCUUCUUUGGUCAUCUAUUUUUGAACUGUUAUAGCAAGAAUGGCUAACUCUCUAUUAAAAUCUCCUAUAAUGUAUCUUUAAUCUAUUUGAAUUAACAUUUUAUGCCUAUAUAUUUUUGUAAGUGUUGUUGAUCGGACUUGAAAAAUGUCAGGAAUGAGCGGACAUAUGGUAUUUGACUAAAAAACUUGAAUUACAAUGUCAUUUUGUCAUUGAGUUUAUGUUAGACAGAUCAGCCUUACUGAAAAUAUUUGCUUUCUGUGUGGAAUUCCCAGUAGCUACUUAAAUUCAUGUUUACUAUGAAAUUUUUAAGGAUAUGCAGCUUGUAACUUUGUUGAAAUCACAAAAUCUAUUUAAUGUCCCUGUAAUGCAGUAUGAAUUCUGUUUUUCUCUUUUGUUAAUUGAUAAAAACCUAAAGUAUAUAUUUGGACGAUUGUUAAAGUAGAUGUAAAGUAUAUAUUUGGACAAUUGUUAAAGUAGAUGUACCAGAUAUAUUCUAGUAAAUUAAAUAACUCUGUGCUCUUAAAAGCCUUAAUCCUAGUCUUGUGUAAUGUCUGCAGUUAGCUAGUAUAUUUUCUAAAGUAUUAGUUUUCAUUUGUUGUUUACAACAGGUUUCUGACUGUAGGCCUACGUAAACCUGACAAAACACAGAACAAGAGUUUAAGAUACAUUUAAAGAUACUGUUGAAUGUAUAUUCUAGAAUCUAUUAUUUUAAAUGGAAAAGCUUUUGGAUAAUACAGUUAGAUCACUAAAUACUUAUUUACAAAAUGUUUCUUAUUUCAAACAUAAAGGAAAUAUAUGAAUGUUGCUUUGAAUAGCAGUCAAUAAUAUUGAUAUAAUGAUUUUGUGAUAUUAAUUAUCCAAUUACUAAAAUUGUCACUUCGAAAUAUUUUUGUAAAAAUUAAACCUUUUUAGUAAUUAAAAUAUUUAAAAUA